GGAAAAAGGGGACAAGAACAAUAAUGAAUGGAUUUGGGAGUGGAACCCACGGAGGGAGAAAAAAGCAGAGGAAAUCGGAAAAGAUAGAUGUAUAGUGAGUUCAGUAAUGCAUAGGUUGGCUGGCAUCUUGUAGAGAGUGGUAUGGUGUGCUAUCAUGUCCAAACAAACUACAACAGGCACAGCAGCUACUCUCCCUAUAUAACCCAUUUUCUUACACCCAAUCCAAACCCACCAAACAGUAAAUAUGCGAUGAAGGAGCGUCAGCGCUGGCAGCCGGAAGAAGACGCCCUCCUCCGAGCCUACGUGAAGCAGUACGGCCCCCGCGAAUGGAACCUCAUCUCCCAGCGCCUCCCCUCCGCCCUCCACCGCGACCCUAAGUCCUGCCUCGAGCGCUGGAAGAAUUACCUCAAGCCGGGCAUCAAGAAGGGCUCCCUCUCCCCCGAAGAGCAGUCCCUCGUCAUCUCCCUCCAGGCCAAAUACGGCAACAAGUGGAAGAAGAUCGCCGCCGAGGUCCCCGGCCGCACCGCCAAGCGCCUCGGCAAGUGGUGGGAGGUCUUCAAAGAGAAGCAGCUCAAGCACCACUCUUCCCCUUCCCAGGCCGGGAAUUACGACCACAUUUUAGACACAUUCGCCGAGAAAUACGUCCAGCCGAAACUCGCCUUUCCGCCGCCCGAUCCUCCGGCAAAUCCCGCCGCCGUGCUUCCGCCGUGGAUGAACGCGUCGCCGCCGACAUCAGAGGCGUUGCCGGUGAGGGAGAUGGGGGUGCUGAUCCGGGAGCUGGAGGAGGGGAGGGAGGUGUGGGCACGGCAGAGGAAGGAGGCGGCGUGGAGGCUUAAGCGGCUGGAGCAGCAGCUGGAGGCGGAGAAGGAGCGGAGGGGAAGGGAGAAGGCGGAGGAGGUGGAGGCGAAGAUAAGGAGGCUGAGGGAGGAGGAGGCGGCGUAUGUUAGCAGGAUGGAAGGGGAGUACAGGGAGCGGUUGGGGGCGGUGCAGAGGGAGGAAGAGGCCAAAGAGGCUAAGUUAAUGGAGGCUUGGCGCAGCGUUCACGUGCGGCUCGAGAAGCUGUUGGCGCAGAUUGGGUCCCACCGUGGCGGGCCGCCCAUCACUGCUUUCCUUUCCCAAUAAUGGAGUUAAACCUUUUACCCAUAUACUACUAUAUAGCUUCUUAUUUUCUCCCUGUAGAAACUUUGUCAUCCAAUAUGCUCAGAUUAAUGAUCUGAAUGACUGAAUCGUCAUACAUAUAUACAUAUAUAUAUAUAUAUAUCUUUCUCUCUUACUAACAAUAAUGAAGAUGCAUUUUGGUCA